AAGAAACAAAACAGUCUGAAAGGAUGAAAACAGUGUAAGAGAGAAUAAUAGUUACAGAUGAUGGAAGUGAUGAUCUGUGACCAUUUUCGGUGUUCUCCACUUUCCAUCUUAUCUUCUUAUCGUUCUUCUUUUUCUCCUUCAACACGUUACCCUCUCUCUGUACCUUCUUAUUCUCCUUCUUUCAGGCUUAAACCUUCUUCUUCAUCUCUCUCUUCCUCUCGCAUGGAAGAGACCCAGGAGACCCACGACCAUGGCCGCUCCAAAUUCAUUGACUUUCCGUUCGUUUCAGCUGCCCAGAAGAAUCUGAUGGUCGAACUCGUUUCGAAGCUUGAGGAUCGCUUUCAUUCUCAGCUUCUUCCUUGCACACUCCCCCCUGAUGUUCAGUAUUACCAGAGCCAAACUGGCACUGCCCAAGCUUCCCUUCAUAUCAGAUCAGCCACUGAUGACUCUCCGGUAGAUUUUGUGUUGGGAAGCUGGGUGCACUCUGAGUUACCAACAGGAGGGUCCUUAGAUAUAACUAGUCUUUCAGCCUAUCUUAACAGUUCAACCGAUGCACCAAAUUUUGUGUUUGAAAUGAUCCGCAGUAGUCCAACAAUGCUAGUUCUCAUUCUUGAUUUGCCUCCCCGGAAAGACCUUGUGCUUUGGCCAGAUGACCUCAAAACGUUCUAUGAAGACACUCAAUUGGAUACUCACAGGCAGGCUCUGGAAAGAGUUCCAGAGGUUAAACCAUAUUUCUCUUCUUCCCUUUACAUCCGCAGUGUUUCCUCCCCUACAACCAUAAUGGUUCGCAUUGUGACUGAAAAUGGUGGAGUAGAACGCAUGGAGGAGAUCAUCAGGGACCAUUUGGACCCCAUUUCAAAGCAAGUAUUGGGGAUCUGGUUGGAUCAUUGUGCUUGUGCCCAGCGAGAUGUUGGAGAGGCAGAAAGAGCUUAUCUGAAAAAAAGGGAUGGUCUCAUUAGAAACAAGACAAUUGAGAUUGAUCUUGGUUCAAGCUUCCCCAGGUUGUUUGGUCCAGAAGUGGCAAACCGAGUACUGGAGGCUAUCAAGGGGUAUUUUACUGUCUAGGAUUCUAAUUUAUUUGGAAUUGUUGGACAUUCUGUGUUACAUACAUGUAACUAAUUAGCCUUGUAGUAAAAUGAGGCUUCAGUAUUCGUUGUAUCUCCAGUCAAAUGUGAAAUCCAUAAAUGAUUCUGAUA